AUUUCUGUAUCAAAGUAUUCAAGUAUAAAGAAUGCGUCAUCAAAGCGCGCGCAGAGAGACAUGUGUCAGCGCAGCAUUCGCGCGCGCUUUUGUGUCUUCGGAGCCGCAGCUCCGCCGCAAAGACUGGUUCGAGGUCGUCGAGGGGUCAGGGAGGGGAUCAGGGGGCCUCUGACCAGCCCCGAACGGCGGAGAAUGGGAAUAUCAUGGCGGCGGACGCUGGCAGGGGUAGAUAGGUAGCUAGCUAGGUAGAUAGGUAGAUAGACAGCCGCGGGCGACGUAUGGCCAGGUAUGGCGAAACGAGUGAUACACGCCGCGAUGAGCUGAGUGAAUCACGGAAGGAAAGUUCGCGAAAUAGCGAGUGAACAGUCCUGUAGACCGGCAACCUGGUGAGCACUUUUCCCUCGAAGAAGAAGAAGAAGCAGCACAGAAGACGACUACGCGAAUGCGAACGUAAGGAGGAAGACCCGCGUACGCGCGCGCGUGUUUUAGCGUCGUCAUGUAUCCAAAGAGAACGCUACUGUUGCUCGUCGUCAUCGGUUGCGGUAUCUCAAGCCUGAAAAAUGCGCUGGCCGAUGCCGAGACGCGAUCAGCGACCGGAAGCGGUCAGGCAGACAGUGCCGCGGCGACGUCCGUGAAGAUCGGGAAGUGUUGCGAGCCUGAGGAGCUACUGCUGGACAAUCGGUGCACGCCGUUGUCGGAGACCAACGAGACCAAGUGGCGACCAAAGUUCGUGACAGAAGCGCGAGACCCGGCGACCGGGAAGACGUUGAGAGUCGUCGUACGACCUAGGUACGAGCUGAAGAUCGGACAACCAAGAUGCAACUCCGAUGAGCACCAGUGGGACGUGUAUUAUUAUCCGUCCGGGCCGGAUCGUCUGGUGAUUCUGCCGACCGGGGUGCUACGUCACUACAUCGUCGAUCUGGCGGUCAGAUCUGGAGCGGAGGAAAACAGCGGCGUCUACGGUGCCGUGCUACCGAGUCUUGAUGAUGAUGAGGAUGUUGAACGCGCUACCAUCCACUACGACUAUCCGUUCGGGCAUUAUUGCGCCGACAAGGCGGUUCUCAGCGGCAAUCAGCUGGUGGCGACGUACGCCAUGCUCUGCGUGCCGGAUGUCGCCGUGCGUUGGACCGACACUAAUUACCUGAUGAGGCACGCGAUCGAUCCCGCUUUCCAUGCAGCGUCGAUGGCCUGUUAUCUGAUCGUUGCGGUGAUUUACUUCGUUCUGCCGCAGCUGCGCGACCUCGUCGGCAACAUCAUCACCAGCAUGAGCCUCUGUCUCGUGGUCAACCAGUGCGCCUCCACCGUCAGGAUAUUCACCGAGUUCGGCAGUCAUAUCAGCUUCAUGAUCGCCGAUACGGUCAUGUACGUUUCCUUGAUGGCCGCCUUCUUCUGGCUCAGCGCUCUGGGCUACUACGUGUGGAAUACAUUCAGGUCGCGCAAUGUUUUCCUCAGGGUGACCGACGGCAGGAAGUACUGCUACUACUCGUCCUGGGUCUGGUGCCUGACCCUUUGCAUAGCCGGUACGGCGAUCUUCGCGCAUUUCGCCCUGGAGACGAACAAGCCCAUCGUGGGUGGCACGACGUAUCCAGCCCAGGAGACAGUGGGCUGGCUCGGAAUCUCCGUCAUGUUCACGUGCAUCGCCUUCACCGUCAUCAUCGAUCUCUGCUUGGUACUGACGACCGCGAACAGGAUCAAACGGAUGAGCACGUACGGACGGAUUCAUCACAAGAUGAAGUACAGCUUCCGGAUGUUCGUCCUGCUGUACGCGAUCCUGAGCACCGGCUGGUUCUCCCUGCUACUGUCGCGGCUCAAGUACGACGUUCUCAUAUACUGCCAUAUCGUGGUGAACCUGCUGCAAGCGUUGCUCGUGCUCCACGUGUGCGUCUUCGGUCAGCGCAGGGUGACGUUUCUCCUCGGGAAGACGUGCAACUGUUGCAACGCAGGCGACAACACCGAGGGUCUCGAUUGGGGCGAGGAAAUGACGGCCAUCAACGCAGGCUAUUAACGCGGCGUUUUCAUCUUUUAUAUUAGAUAUUACAAUCUGUGGACGUGUAGCGAUCCCGAUCGGAAUCGUGAUCGAGCAAUGAAACGAUCUCCGUGCGUUUAGAUCGUCGAUAUUUGAAUAUGUGUAUUUGUGCGCACGGCCAUAGUGAGCAAUACGUAAAAUAUCGGAGAUGCAUAUAUGUAUGCACACACGAAAUGACAUUAUUAUGUAUACAAUCGCUAGAGUAUAAAUACAGGGCAUCCUAUAGGAAAUUGCUAUAACUAAUCAGCUGUCAUUUUUUAAUGCAAUGCAGUUACUGAGAAAACA